GCACUAUUGGUGUCCUCUGCAAGGGAGCACUGAUAGGGGGCUGGCUGUAAAUUGACGUGGCAUGGAAAAUCUCUGCUAGUUUCUAGCAGCUCUAACAUCGCUGCAAAAUCAAGCCUACUCAUACUGAGUUUGUAGCUUGAAAACAUUACAGGCUUACUGUUUAUAUAUACGUACAAGAAAAUGAAUGGAAAGUACCCUCAUCUUUUGAUUUGGGAAGCAGACUUUUUCUGUAUUUGGAUUUACAGCUAAUAGAAAACAAAAUCAAAGGGAAUUGAUUACUUUUUUUUUACUUUUUUUUUUUUUUGUGUGUGAGCAGCAGAUCUCGUUGCUUCCCCCUCCUUUUCCUGCGAUUUAAUCAUUUGCAGAUCUUGCCAUGGGGUGCGGACUGAGAAAGCUGGAAGACCCAGAUGAUAGCAGCCCUGGAAAAAUUUUUUCUACAUUGAAGAGACCACAAGUUGAAACAAAGACAGAAUCUGCUUAUGAAUAUGUAUUGCUGGAUUUUACAUUAGAAGCUUCCUCAAGUCCUGAAGUUAUCAAAAUCAGUUCUGUGUUGGAUAUAACAUCUAAGGUGGAAGAAUAUUACAACAAAGGAUAUGUUGUAGGAGCUAUUCAUCCUAUUCUACUGCCAAUUGGACAUAGAAGGAAUUUCCCUGCAAGUCAUAUGUAUCGGGUGGUACUUUCAAGAUUAAAAUUAAGCCAGAAGCAUGCAGCACCCAGAGGACAAAGGCACCCCAGGCUGGUGAUUGAGGAAUGUCCUUUAACGCAUGAAACACUGACAAAUGAGGUAGUGAAAGAACUUUUAGAAAAGGUUAAUGAAGCAGCUAAACGAGGAAAGAAGUUUGUGGGCUUUGUAACACAACAUUUUCCUCAACCUAAAGCCUGUAAUGGAACAAGCACAGAUGGAAAUGCAGAGCUGGAAUCAACACUGGGCAGAAGACACAGGGAACCCAGAAGAAGAAUUUCUGAUGAAGACUACAAAAACUGGAAUGAAAGGUCACUGUGUGGUCACUCAUCUGAGAGUGGGAAUGAAGAGGAAAUGCAAGCAGAGAGUGGACUGUUACAGGAUGCAGAUUUCCAGUUUGGAAAAGAAGUCAGUUCUGUUAAGCCACAAGAAGGAGACGACAAGCUGUAUACAGUCUUCAAUGUUUUUGAUGAUGACUCUACCUGCUGGACCUAUCAUGAGGGCAUCUUGUCCGUGAAAGUAACAAGAAAGGGACCAGUUAUUAGUACACUGGAAGCAGACUGGCUAGAACUAACUACAUUUUAUUAUAAACAAGGAUUGUCCUUAACAGAUUCUUUUGUACACUGGGAAACUUCUAAAGGUGAUUAUUUGCCCAAAUCUUUAGAAGGAAUAUUUAUCUACGAAGAAGAAGGUGCUGGGGUUCCAGGUUCUAACAGGAAAGGAAAUGAUGCAAUAGUAGUUGAACAAUGGACAGUUAUUGAGGGGUGUGAAAUUAAAACAGAUUACGGACCUUUAUUGCACACACUGGCUGAGUUUGGAUGGCUCCUGACCUGUGUCCUGCCUACACCUAUUGUACGACAUGACAGUGAAGGAAACCUGGCCACAAAGCAAGUUGUUUUUCUUCAGAGACCUGUUAUUUGGAAUUCUGCUGUCCAGACGCCAGAGAAGAAAUCCUUAAGGCAAGUUAUUGGGGAGGAAAAAAGCAGAGUUGGUAGCAGAAGUGUUGGAUUAGACACAGCUACUUCUCACCCUGUAGAAACUGGACAAGCACCUGAUGAGUUUCAUCUGUCUCCUUCUAAACAAUGUUGGAUCAAAGAGGCCUCCUCCCAGUAUGGAGGCUUUCCCAGAUUCAGUAGCAGUGAUGGAGUAUUAAGAGAACUGGAUGAUGGACAAUUUGACCAGGAAGAUGGAGUCACUCAGGUCACAUGUAUGUGAUGAAGUAAGUAACUGCAACAGAUGGACAUGUACAUAAUUCACACAAAUGUAAAACAAACCAAGUCCAUGCUACUUUGAAUGCAUUGAUAUAAUCCUAUGACUUUUCCCAGACUCAUUUUGUAUUUUUGACUGUAGUAAGCCUACUGUAGUAAUAAUACUACUGCAAAAUGCUUUGGCUUCCUGUCUCUCUUUGAUAGAAUAACUACCUGACUGGGUGCUUUGCUAACUUUUGUUCAUCUUUUUUGACAAACAAGGAAGCAAAUGCUGCAAAACAAUGACAGUUUGUCUUCUGUAAGAAAGAAAGGAAUGUGGAUGUUUGGUGUUUUCCACAAGCUGAAAGUGUGUUUUGUUGUUGUUGUUUGUGUUUUGUUUUGUUUGUUUUUUUCCACAAGGGUAUUGUAAAUAUUGGGGGGGGGGGGAAGGACAAGAAAAAUUAAAUAUCUCCAUAUUGUUAAGUUUUAAUGAGAUUUUCACUUUACUUGCUUUGUCUAAGCUCAGAAACCUAGAGAAAUACAAGUCAUAUGCUAGACAGUUAAUAAUUUAAGCUGCAUUCAGACCUGGUAUGUACAGAAAACCUCUGGAGGCAGACAGUUGCUCCUGUAAUACUAUCUCAGCUCUGCGGCAUUUACCAGGGUUCCAUGUACACGUAAGCCAAAAGCUAUCCCAGCAUUCAGCUUUGUGUGUAUAUAUACAAAAACUUACUCGUGAGGAAAUGAAGAGCCUCUCGCCUUCCAAAAGGUAACUUGCAUUCUAUGAAAAAGUAGUUUGAGAAACUGUAAGAAGCACCAACAGCCAGGUGCAAAAUGAUACUAAUAAUAUACAGGGGGGAGAAGUAGAUAAAAUGUAAUAUUAGAUGAGAGACUUUUUACAAAUAUGUCGAUGUAUAUGCAAAAUAAAAUUUCUGCUAAUUGUAUAUCACACUAGAUGAAUGAUAUCCAAUUGCAUCAAAUAGCAGAAGCACUGUUCACAGGAAAGACUGAAGCUCUUUGGCUUCUGUCCUCACUGUGGGGAGGAGUUAAGACUGGCUUCUGGGAGAAGAGGCACGUACAGGAAUUAUUUUUAUGGUGCUGUCUUGAAAUUACAUCUGGCAAUAAAUAGUUCAGCUUCCAUCUAAGCUGAUCUACUGCAGUAGCUGGGAAACAAAAGCCACAGGAAAAGACAUUCUGCUUUUUUUUCUUUUUUCAGAUCAUUGUUGGUAUUUCACGUAAAAUACUGUAACUUAGUUACUGUCUGUAAGAAGCUUUUACUAAGGGAAAUUUCAAGUUUUAAUUAAAAAUGUAAAUGAGAAGCUGAAGAAAAUUGCAUGAUAAAGGUGAUUGUAAAUAAAAAUGUAUUUUUGAAGAAGUUCUAGAAGCAAAAACUUCUAAGUGCUUGUCACUCUCAAGCUAAGAAAAUAACCUGAUUCAGGUGAAAAAUCAAGACAGAACUGAGCAAAUGUAUUCCCAGCCUUUCUCUCAAGGUUUGUGGUACAGCAUGCCAUCAGACAGGUAUAAAAAUCACCUGCCUCUGGUGGCAGUGUUCCACCAGAUGCCGUAGAAGUCUCUUUGCCCACACUGGGAUGACGGCACCAGCACAGUGGGCACAGGAAUGCAGUGACAGCAAUGCCAGCAACUGACUCAGAGCACCUUCAGGAUGAACAGAAUGGGGGCAAUUCAGCCUGCGAGCUCCAGGGCAGGGAGCCACGCAGAAUGGACUCUGGCAGGAGCUGCUUCUUGCAAUGAGCAAGAAAUAGUUCAUGAAAGAAAAAAAGUUGCACGUGCUGUGAUAAGCAGAAGUAGCACGAAGCUUUACUACUAUUUCAAUUUAUUUUUACAGGGCCUUAUCCACUUGUAUGAGGUUUGAUUGUUGUACUAGGGGCUUGAAAGGAUGAUGGCUUUGGAGUUGCUUCCCAGUUUCAUGGUAAAAACUGUUGCAGGUUUGUUAUUAUUUUUUUCCUUUGGAAGAGCAAUUCCUAACAACUAUUUGCAGCAGAUUUUAUCCCUCUCCUGUUCAUCUUCACCAAACCCUGGUUCUGGAGACAACCUUUAAAUUUAUCUAAUUUUCCUGUUGCACCUUAUUGGAAAGUGCAGCUUCUCUCUUCUCACAUGAAUUUCUUAAGAAAAAUACCAGCAGUCUGGCAAAGUGUUCCCUGCUCAAUGGGAGGGUGCUAGCCAGGCGCUCCUCCCAGAGCCUGAUCCAACCCCUGUCUUCUCACACAGCCCACUGAGUAGCAGUCAUUCGAUAGCAGGCAUCUCCCCAUGGUACUACAGAUGGGGAAGAACUGAUGAAAAGAUACAUCUGUCCCUGGCAGAAAGAUAAGUAAUUUCAGCAUAUUAAAAAAGGGACAACAGCUGGUCUUGUAAAACUUGGAAUAUAAUGCUCUACUUCUAAAAAUAUUUGUCAGAAGUAAUCAAAAGAAAAAAAAAACACUCUCACAUGUGCAAUUAAUGGUGGUUCUGCGUACAAGUCAAAGUUGUAGAAAGCAGCAAAAAUUGGUCAAAAAACUAGGAACUCUGAAUAUUCCAAGUUAAAGCUUUUAAUGUGUAUAAGAGAAAUUACCUUUUAUAAAGUAGUAUCACUGUUUAAGAUAGUUAACAGCAGUAAAUUGUAAAACAAAACCGAACUGCAAAUAUUUAUAUAACACAUUAUAAUGUAUAAAGUACUAAACUAAAUGCAGUUACUCUUUCUAGAAUGCAUUUAUUGGAUAAAAAGGAAUCAUUUCACUUUUGAAAUCUUUUCCAGGUAGCGAAUUUUUCCAGGUAGCGAAAAUGCAGAAAACUCAAAACUAGCAUCCAGACGUUUUUUUAAAAAAGCUCUUCCCAUAUGAUUAAUGAAGUAUAAAGUAUAAACAAAGAAGAUUCAAUUUUUGCAACAAAGGUAGUCUGGAUGUCCACAGGUACAUUUUAGAAUAUUCCCACUUGAAGCUUUAAGAAAUUUCUUUAAGAAUUUUCUUAAAUUGUAGGCCACGGAAAGGAAUGUGGCUUUAUUUCAGAGUUUCAGCUGUACUUUAGUCCUUGCUCUUGAAUCUCAGUAGGUUUUGAUUGUGUUGCAAGCUUCUGUAAAUUUAUUUCUAGUCUUUUUAAUUUGGUGUAAAUAUGCUAAAUUGCUUCCUUUAAACCCCUUUAGAAAUGCCUGUUUAGGUAAGGACAGCUGGUUAUUUUUUUAAUGCCAUUUGUUUUGCAUACAGUACGUAAAGUUGUCCCUGCUGUACAAACACUAAUCUAGAGUGUUUUCCUAGUUCUCUGUUGUCUUUCACCUCGCAGGGCUACAUUUGGGCUCUGUACUGCACACAAACAAAAUUUAAUUCUUCACCUUGAAAAAAAAAAUGACAACCUGGCAGGAGACAAGAUAGAAAUGUGUAAAGGGAGUGGCACGGAGAAGGUAGCAAAGGAAUAAAUUCUUCAGUAUUCUAAUUCAAGGGAAUCAUGGAAAUGGUAAGUAGCAGAUUUGAACCAAGUGAAGGUACUUAUUUGGCUGGCUGUUAACUGCUUGCCACAGGAUGUUGUAUGUAAAACUACAUGGAUUUAAAAAUCCUGAAAGGGAAAAAAAAAAAAAGCUCUCUGAAAGUCACUGAACCAGACUGAAACUGUUGGAGACUAUAAGCAGUGGUUUGACUGACUUGUGUGCGCAUCCUGUUCCUUCUAUUUCUUGUAAGGACCAGUUCUUCAUCCUUGAGUUAGCUGGAUUGAGCAGGACCAUUGUGGGAGUGUAACUGAGAAUGGUUUCUUGCUGCAAAACUUCUUUUAAAAAAUCUGGGAGUAAAUUGAUUGCUCAGUCUGUGUGAAGACUGUACACAAACCAUUUGACUUCAUGCACUAGUUGAAGAGCACAGAUUAAACAACCUGUCUUCCUAGGGCAUGGAUGCUGAAACAAAUAGUUGAAAAUGCUUUUAAAAGAAGUGAUGCAAAAUCUUCUCUUUCUUUGCCGUGAAAAAUUCUGAAAACCAACUCAUCUUAUGUGGGAAAGAAAGAAGGGGAGGGUACAUUUUGCGUUGAGGGGGUUCUAUUUAAAGCUAUGUGUUUCAGUAUGUUCUUAAACUGAAGCAUUAAGUUAUGACUCUACUAAUCGUAAAUUACUAGCAGCUCCUGUUAGCAAGCUUUUUUAUAUGCUCUUAUUGCACACACACUCCUCAUUUUACUCAAAUGUAUUUUACAUACUUCAUUAUCUCAAGCCUUUUUAUUGAAUUGUGGCUCAAACUUUAAGCCUGGAUGCAUCCUCUGACCCAAAAAAAAAAAAAAGUACACUAAUAUCAUGGCUUCAUCUGCGAGUCUGAACUUCAAUAGAUGAGUCCCUCACCUGUAUGUGACAACAAAAAUACGACUAUUAAAAAACAAAGAUGGAAAGACAUUAAUGCUGUUCCCAAUUAUACGUCAUCUUAAAGUGUUAGGACAGGAAAUACUUUUAACAGUGUUUGCAAGCAGGAAGAAAUAAUCCACUAUAAAAAAAUCUUUGCCCUGCUCACACUUGUCACAGUUCAUUUACAUACCUGAUCAGUUGUAAUAAACUGCUGCUUAACCUCUGGCUUUGAUCUAUAAAGCACAAUUUUCUUUUUGUAAAGCUAAGGUCUAUAUUUCUGAUGGGAAGCUUCUCAUCAUUAAAAACACUUCUUAAAUCGGUUAUCAAUAUCCUUAUUGUGUUUGUCUCAUGCUGGCAUUAAAUUCUUUAGCUCAAUGUAUACUUUCCUUCAAUUAUAUUUUUGCAAGUCUUGUCUGUACAUACAUACAUCACACAAGGCAAAGCUUGUUAGACUUUUAAUCAUCUAUUAAAAGCUGAUUAGUUUACUUUUAUGUUAUAUAUUAAUGUUCUGUAAGUAAUAAAAAAACAGGUCACU